AUGGCAUCCUACACCCACUCAAGCCAGGGAACACCCGGCCAAUCCAAACUCUUCCUCAACCCCGCGGCCCUGAGCCCCGCGGGAGACAGAGCCAACCACACCACGUUCUGGCGAAACCCCAAGGUCGGGAACAUCUACCGCAACACCGAGUACAUCACUGCACCGAUCACGCAGCCGCUGCUGGACUAUUGCGGUCUGACAAAGAGCAAGAUUGCUUCGCUCGAUGAGCCCAUCGAGGUCCUUGAUAUGUGCUGUGGUGCGGGUGUGGUUUCCGCCCGCAUUCACGAGAUGCUGAAGGCGACGGGGAAGGGCGGGAAGGGGCUUGUGAGGUUGACCUGUUCUGAUUCUAGUGGUGGUCAGAUUGAGCAUGUCAGGGGUCGAGUUAAGAAGGAUGGCUGGAUGGAUACAACGGUAGUCCAGGCUGAUGUUGCGAGACUACCAUUCGAGUCGAAUAGCUUUGACUUUAUCGUCGUUGGCAUGGCAUUAAUGGUCGUCGCUGAACCCUACGCGGGCCUAGCAGCAGAACUUUACCGCGUCCUCAAGCCGGGCGGCCGUAUCGCAAGCUCGACAUGGGCAACGGAAGGUUGGGUCUGCGAUACCCGCGACGCCGUCGCAAACUUUGGCAUUCCCGGGCAGCAGCCAGUUCCCUGGCCGCAAAAGUCAUGCCAUCUGACUGGGCUCUGGUCACCCGGCGCAUGGGAUGAUCCUUACUUCGCGGCCGCAAUGUACAAUGCCUCCGGAUUGACUGAAAUCAAGUCGGAGAUUGUGGCCAAGCCCAUUACGUUCAGAGAUCCUGAGCAAUUCUGCACUAUUUUUCAGGCGCUGCUUACGGGCACCGUUGAGAGAUACUGGUCUGAGGAACAAAAGGAGAAGUUAAGGCAUAAGUUGAAGCCUGUCAUUGUUGAGUAUUUGGGAAAGAAGUACGGCGGAGAGCCGUUUGAAAUUGAAAGGUCUAUCGUUCUUGUUGGCGGGACGAAGGCAAAAGUUUGA